CAAUCGCGUCGUUUCCCUUUCUGAUCCCUAUUGGGACGCCGGCGACUCUCGUCUACUGCGCUCAUAUGCUACAUCGCGAUGCCGAAAGGUCUUCCUGGUCUCUACUGGGACGAAGAGAAAAAACGCUACUUCCCCAUCGCCCUCAAGCCCAAGAGCCAACCUGCGGCAACCACAGCCCCCACAGGUGGCCCUUCAUCGCUCGACAAGCCGCCCGAUGAAGGCCCUGGCCCGCCACAGCCAUUGGUGAACCUCUAUGGCGUGCUAUCAAGGCGGCGGAGGGGUCUCGACGGCUUGUCGGCGAGUCGGCAGUACGGCAGCGGUUCGAGCGGCAGCUGGCUGAAUUCGCAUUACUAUGGGUGUGGGGUUUAUCGGUAUCGGUGUGAGGGGUCGUCUGUGUGCGGUGCACCUGGGAGCAUUGUGCGGGUGUCCGACAGCGAGACGGCCUGCCCUCGUGUGUGCUUGAGCCAUGGGCCUGCUGUGUACAUCUCACGGAUCGACGACGCCAAGUAAGACCAAACCAUCAGAUCAGACACGCUCGUGGAUUGACUGACCCAGACGACACCACAUCCACGUGUAUUGUAUCCCCUUUUCUUUCUCUCAGGUCGAUUCCCCGUGACCAGACGACCUACCUGUCCUGCUAUUCUCUUUCGCAAGUCACGUGCCUCCAGUUCUCGUCCAACUGGCUCGCCAUCGGCAGUGUGGGCGACGGCGGCGCCCCGGCCGAGUGCCAUCUCAUCAACUUCACACACUUCGACUCCCUGCCCUUCCACGACUUCGUCAGACAGAUGGGACGCAUGGAGUUCGGCAACGCCCUCUUUGACCUAGAUCUCCAGGUGAGCGAGAAAACACAAGUAGAUAAAUGGAUGGACCCCCCGCCUGGUGAUGGCCUGUUUGUCGUUCCUGGUCUUGUUGCACGUAGGCCGAUGAGAACCGUCUGGUGCUCGGCGGCACUGGUCUGGGCGUGUACGACCUCCACGAGUCCCAGCAGGUGUGGCACCCACGGCACAGAUACUCAGACGUCCUCCACGUCGCCUCCCUGCCCUCCGACAAAAACACACUCAUCACCGCACAUCGGAGCGGCAAUGUCCUGCUGUGGGACACACGCGCAUCGCCUGAGCAGCCCCCCGUCUGUCUUGCUGGCGACAUGCGGCGAGAGAGGGCGGUGGGUGCUGGGCGUGGGCGGGUGGAGAGGGGCGGCAACAGGCAACGGCCGAUCGUCCCGAGGACGCGCCUCGACAACCGGUGAGGAAGGAACACACAACACAAGCAAAUUGGUCUUGACAAUGAGCAAACAAUCGUUUCUGUCACGGAUGCGUGUGUGACAGGUUCGCUGUGCUGGGCCCCUCUGUCAGCUGUGGUCACUCGCGGGGCGGCUCAGCCUCCGUCCUGUCUUCCUCGCCCACCGCCGCCUCAUGUGUGCAGCCCCUUAAGACCCUCCCACACAUCUUCAUCGUCUCACACGUCGACGGCCGGAUCGCCAUGCGCGACAUGCGCUUCUGCCGCAGGGGCGAUAGGAGCGACGCCGGUGCUGUCACGCUGUUCACGAGCCGAGAUCGAGGCCCCUCAUCGCCGCACAAGCGUGGUCACAAAGAGACGGCCGGGCGGCAGAGGGGUCGGCGGGCUGCCAAGUGGCAGAAACGGUCCAAGCCGGCCCCUCUGGCGGGGCGAGGGGAUGAGAGCGACACCUCCUCAGAUGAAGACGGCAAUGCCGAAGACGAGAUGAGCGACCACCCACCCACACGUACCAACAGGCGACCAUCCCCCUCUCCCUCACUGUCGCCCAUUCCCUCCCCCUCCCCCUCCCCGGCCUCUCUGCCGAGCUUUCGCACAUAUUGUGGCAACACGAACACUGGCGAAUUCCGCAAGUUCACUCUCGACGCGCAGGAGCGCCUGCUCGUCUUCCCCGGAUCUGACGGCGUCGUCCGGCUGUGGAGCGUCUCACACGGCGGGCACCCGGUCCGAGAGCUGCCCACAUACACCAGCGCACCGACGUCGCGCAGCCUUGCGCAGCGAGCGUGGCAGGGGAGUGGAGGGGCGCGGAGCGACGGCGUCGACCGGUUUCUGUGCGGCAGUGUGGCCUCCCUGGACUCGUUGAGGCAAUUUGUGUCUCGUCGCAAGGGCGGCAAAGGAGACGAGGAGCCAGAUGAGGGGAGUGUGAGUGGUCGGGCGGCUCGGUUAGAGCUGCGGCGGGCUGGCCGGCCUGACGGGGAGGGCGAGAGACGGAGGAGGCUGGCGGCGGCACAGACGCGGGGAGGCUCGGAUGAGCCCGAAUCUUACUGCAUCACCGUGCCAGGUACAAAAGACGAGAAAAGAAAGAGGACGAAGCGACACAAGCCGCAUCAUAUCCCCCUUCCUUCUGCAUGUUGUGUGUGUGACAGCAUCCCAGUCUGAGGCCUUCACAGUGAGCAGGCCCGGCCAGCCGUGUGUGCCAAUGGAGAGCGUUGCCGGCCGCGUCCCGUCGUUCCGUGAGGUGUUGCGGAGUUUAACUGUGCGGUCUGCGCGUCGCGGUGUGUCGUCGUUCGUGACCUUCAGUCAUGAGGGCGUGUGUCAUGUCAGCCAGCCCUAGACAGCGACACACGGAGACGGAGAACAGGGCAGGGUGGCAGGGGUGCUGGGCUGGUGACUCUGGUCUGCGAUUUGGUCUUGGUCUGUAUGGCUUGGCUUGGCUUGGCUUCGGGGGGAUUUUUAUGUGUCUGUCGUGGUGUCACCCGACGUAGGGAUGGCAUGCGAAGGCAGGCAGGCAGGCAGGCAGUAAGGCAGCCAACAAGCAAGGCAGCAAGCCUCCCUCCCUCCAUCUGUGGUGUGGGAGGGAGGCUUGCUGAUGCUCUGUAUGCUGCUCACUCACUGCCCUUUUACAUACAAACAUGCACACACACACGCACUUACAUACCAAGUGAUGCAUGCUAUGAAUACGUACACAAAGUCACACAUCACGUGUUGUUGGUGUGAUUGAGGAGAGGGGAGAGGGGAGGGGAGGCGGGAAGUGCAGUAGGGCAGGCAGUGAUGAUGAUCGCCGGACGACAAGACGUUUUACAUGUCUGGCUGUGGGUGAGCAGCGGUCGUGUCGAUUUAAGGACCUGUCUGUCUGUCUGUGCAUUGUGUUGUCGCUUGUCCCGGGGUCCCGGUGGGUUGGACGUGAUGUCGCCACCGUGAAGCCUGAGACGCACCGGCGCUCUCACCGGUGCGUCUCAGGUGUGACGAUGACGGCACCACGGAUGACCUACUGGGACACACAGACGCUGCAGCGACAUGACUGCCUGUCUGUGUCGUGACGGCGUCACGCGUCGUCAAGACAUGAUCGAUGAGGCUGCGUGUACUGCGUGUACUGAAUGGGAGGACAGAGACCGUUGUGGUGUGGGCAGCCAGUGCGGUUGGAUGUCCCUGCUUGGAGGCAUUGUUUCCGUUUCUGUGUCGCUCCUCUCGGCGUCUGGGUGGGUGAAAGACUUCCCCUUCACCCACAAGCCUGAGCCGUACUGACGCUCUCAGGUGCGAGGGUGAUGGGGAGGUGCGUGGCCCACCGAGACACCGAGAAGAUUGCGAUUCGUUGGAGGAACAGCUCAGUUUCUGCAGUGAGUUGCCUGUGCGUCUUUGGGGAUACAUCGGGGGCGGCGACACGGACAUAUGAGAGUUUGCGUGUUUGUCUGGGUCAGUAUGUCGUGCGACGCCAGCCCAGGUCAGUGCGGGCGGGUGUGCGUGUGAGGGAG